CGCUGCGACGCCCGCUCUCCUCGUGCGCAUGUAGCCCUGCCCGCCCCGCAUGCUCUCGCUCACAGAUGCCUCGAUAAUAUCCACCGUCCUCGAGGCCAUCCUCUAUGGCUUCUCUCUGCUCAUGUUCAUCUUUACGCUCUGGAUCGUGCUCCAGAACCGCAGGAGACGCCGCCUCAACCACGGCAUGCUCGGUGCCGCCUGCGCCAUCCUCGCCCUCUCCACCGCCGAGAUGAUCGUUAAUAUCAUCAGGGUUCGCGACGGCUUCCUCAUCACCGGCCCCCGCCUCCCUGGCGGCACCGAGCAGUUCUUCAGGGACGUCUCCCAGGCGACCUUUGUCAUCAAGAGCUGCCUCUACAACACCCAGACCCUCAUCCUCGACGGUGUCGUGAUCUACCGGACCUACAUCGUCUGGCAGAACCCGUGGAUCGUCGUCCUCCCUGUCCUGGGGUGGUCCGGCCUCUUCGCGUGCUCCAUAGGCCUCAACAUCGCCCUCGCCACCGCGUCGACCCACGCCGGCGACGUCUUUGCCGCACAGACCGGCCGGUGGAUCACCGCCAACUACGCCAUCACCCUCGCGACGAACCUGUCCUCGACCAGCCUGCUCGCGUUCCGCAUCUGGCGCGUCAAGCAGCAGAGCGCGCGCUUCUCGAGCACGAACAACCCGCUCUCGCCCAUCCUGCGCGUCGUCAUCGAGUCGGGCGCGAUCUACUCGCUCACGAUCACCACCGCGCUCGUCGCGUUCGUGAGCAAGUCCAACGGCGUCUACGUCGUCCUUGACAUGAUCUCGCCCAUCAUCUCGAUCGUCUUCAACAUGAUCACCGUCCGCGUCGGGCUCGCGAGCGACCAGCGGCUCUCGGCGCCGGGCACGCUCCACCAGAGCGCGUUCUCGACCGAGGUGCGCGCCGGCAUGAUGAGCGCCGUCGCCGACGGACAGACGACCACGACGACCACCACCGCGCACGCGUACAGCCACCACCAGCAGUACGGCUACGGCCACGCGCACACAUACCCGUACGGCCACUCGCUCGCGGUCGAGAUCACGCAGUACAUCGAGCGCGACGACGACACGUCCCUCCGGGAGGACGACGGCCCGGACUCCCCCGGCGUCGUCGUCAAGCCCGCGUCGGUCACCUUCUCGAGCGCGCCCUCGGUCGCGAUCUCCCAGCUCGAUCCAUGACGUGCAUUCUAUGUGCCUUUUCCACGCUGUUAUUGAGAUGUAUAGUUUCUUUUUGGCUGGAGCGCAUGCGCGGGGCCCGCCUUCGGCGGGUCCCCCCCCCCGGAGUCUUUUCUUCUCUCUCUUUCUCUGCUUGAUGUCACACACACUCACAGCUUAAUGGACCCGUGGCCCUCGUGCGCCGCUCUACAUUGCUACAAGCCCUGUAACCCAUACUAUACCUUUUUUUUUCCAUCUGCACAGCAUGUCGGUCUGCACCCACACCAGCUUAUAUCUCCUUAUGUACCAUGUUUCGUGCGUGUGUGCAUGA